GGGGCCGAGCCGCCUCCGCUUCAGCGCCAGGCACCCGCAUCCCAGCCGCCGCGGAGCUGCUGAGGAGGAAGCGCCGCUGUGCAGCUUGAGAAAGAGGUGAAAAUGGGCCGGAAAAAAAUACAGAUCAGCCGAAUCGUGGAUCAAAGGAACCGGCAGGUGACUUUCACCAAGAGGAAAUUCGGGCUGAUGAAGAAGGCAUAUGAGCUGAGUGUCCUGUGUGACUGUGAGAUCGCCCUCAUCAUCUUCAACAGCACCAACCGCCUCUUCCAGUACGCCAGCACCGACAUGGACAAGGUGCUGCUCAAGUACACGGAGUACAGCGAGCCCCACGAGAGCCGCACCAACUCGGACAUCCUCGAGACGCUGAAACGCAAAGGGCUGGGGCUGGAGAGCCACGAGCUGGAGCUGGAUGAGGGACCUGACUCUGGGGAGAAGGCAAGAAGGCUGAGUGAGGGCAUGGACCUGUCUGUGGCACGGCCCAGGUUUUAUAGCCCAGCGCCGCCGUCUGAAGCAGCCUAUGGCAGCUCCCCACCGGGCACUGACACAUCCCUGGGCGGUGCCAGCAGCUCCCCACAGGGCCAGGGCCGCCCACCCGCCUUCAAGCCAACAGCAGCGAGGCUGCCGGGACGCUCCCCGGGACCGCUGCCCACAGGCGUUGGCUACCCGCUGUUCCCCGGCGGUAGCCUCAGCAGAGCCCUGGCCACCAAGACGCCGCCGCCGCUGUUCCUGGGGGCGGAGGCUCGGCGAGGCGAAGCUCACGGCAGUUUGGCGAGUGGCCGGAGCAGCGGCAGCGCGGCUCGGCCUCUGUACCCCACUCUGCAGACCCUGAGCCCUGUGAUCACCCCGGGCAGCUCUGGCAUCCCAAGCCACAGCCUCACCAGCUUCUCCUUCCUCACCCCAGCCCAAGCAGCAGAGUUUGGGGCUGGUGAGGCCCCGUUGCCCCCUGGCUUCCUGCAGCCCAGCCCCCCGGCGUGGCAGCACCCACGGGACAUGGCAACGCUGGGGGUCAGCAGCCGGAUCAUGUCCUCGGAAGAGCCGGCCCCAGCCGCCGGCAGCUCCCCGCAGCACCCAGCCAUCAGCAUCAAGUCGGAGCGGGUCUCCCCAGGGCUGGGCUGCCCCUCGGGCACCCCCCAGCCCACUUUGGCCACCUUGGCUUCCCUGAACGAAGCCUCCCGAGGCCCCGGAGACCUCCAGCCACGGGAUGACUAUGGCAAGGGGUACCCCUACCCUCUGGGACCCCCCCGGCCGCUGGCAGAGGAGCAGCAGCGGGGCCCCAUCCCCCCGCGACGGGCACAGGCCAUGGACGCUUGGCAGAGAUAGCGAGGCCGGUGGGGUACAGGGAGGAGGGGGGACACACCAGCCUGGGGGAGCAGCUCCCCACUUCACCUCAAUUCUUGGACCCCUAGGAAGCCCCCCAUGCCCUUUGCAAUGCCGGGGGGGGGGGUCAGCGGUGCCUUAGGGCUUCCCGUGGGGUUCCAGUCCCCACCCUCGGGGCUGCAGCUCCCGACAACACCCUCCCACCCCCUCGCCGCCUCUUCCCUCCCUC